AUGCUCGCGUCCUCGGGACGCUGGUGGCUUCGAGGGGGCGGGAGCAUCUUUACCUUUCCCCUGCCCGCAACCCUGUUAAUUUACGUGGGGACAAGAAAUGAUUAUCGUAAUCUUGACAUAGCUAAUAUCCAGUUCUUGGAGGAUGCUGGAUACAACGUGGAGGUAGAUGAGUCACUGGCCCAGAAAUUAAAUGACAUGGAGCCAGAGGAUAAGGCGGAUGAUCCAGACUACCAUCCUGCUGACCAGAGAGUGACUUGA